AGGGCGGCGCCAGAGUAAGAACCUCAAGGGACCUGCGCGAGGGAGCGCCUCCCGGGCCCAGGAACUACACUUCCCGGGAGCCCUUGCGCGGACACCCGGGACGGGGCUCUCCGAGGGGCGGAGCCUGCGGAUGGUAGCUUGUGAGGCACUGAGGCGGCGCGGAUGGCGGGGCCUGUGAAGGACCGCGAGGCUUUCCAGAGGCUCAGCUUCCUGUACCAGGCCGCCCACUGCGUCCUUGCGCGGGACCCCGAGAACCAGGCGCUGGCGAGGUUCUACUGCCACACUGAGAGGACCAUCGCGAAGCGGCUCGUUUUGCGGCGGGACCCUUCGGUGAAGAGGACCCUCUGUCGUGGCUGCUCUUCCCUCCUCAUCCCGGGGCUGACCUGCACACAGCGCCAGAGACGCUGCAGGGGACAGCGCUGGACAGUACAGACCUGCCUAACAUGCCACCGCAGCCAACGAUUCCUCAACAAUCCUGAGCAUCUGCUCUGGGGAGACCGGCCUGAGGCCCAGCUGGGGAGCCAGGCAGAUCCCAAACCACCACAGCCCCUGCCAAACGCAGCCCACCCCAUUCCAGCGCACCUUCCCGAGGAGACAGUGCAGCCUCAGAGCUCCAGUCACCAGUGAUGGAUUCACCCUGUCUUUCAAGUAAAUAAAGUUUAAUUCUGUUUCACUUU